CACAAGCCCUGGCUUUCUUUUUGCGGUGUUGACGACAGCGGAACGAGAGUCAGCCAGCUUGCAAAAAAAAAAAAAAUAAGUCAAUUUAUUAAAUCUUCCGCGGUUACAGAGAGGCUUUGAAAAUGUCGGCUAUUCAGAGGAUGAAAAUCGCGAACGAGAAGCACAGCAAGACGAUCACGCAGCGGGGCAACGUUCAGAAAAACACGAGAGUUGUUACUGAAGACAGGUCUCCCGUGGGACCGUGGCUCCUGGCUCUCUUUGUCUUUGUGGUUUGUGGAUCAGCUAUAUUCCAGAUCAUUCAGAGCAUUCGACACGGAGCCUAAUGGAACAAGCUCACCUGUAGAAUGAAAUUGUGAAGA